AUAUAUAUAUGAUAUUCUCCGAUUCCUAAACGAACGUUAUUGUGCAAAAUACUUUGUAUACGAUAAGGCCAUGAUGAAGAAAAGGAAAUCAAAGCGAGUAAAAAUGAAGCUCCCCAAAGAAGCAAAGGAAGAAGUUCACAGCAUGAACAACGAAGACGAUGAACGAGAUUGGGAUCUGGAAGAUGAGGGAGGCUUGGCGCAAAUAAGACGACGAGAGUUUACUUAUGGAUCUCAUCUAGUACAAGGGAAAAUGAAUCAUGGAAUGGAGGACUAUAUAGUUACUGAAGAUCGACAUGUCGACGACCAUAAGCUAGGACUAUUUGCAAUAUUUGAUGGCCACUCGGGUCGCGAUGUCGCAGAGUACUUGCAGAGCCAUCUGUUUGAUAACAUCUUAAGCCAGUCUGAUUUUUGGGAAGACCCUGACGGAGCAAUCAGGAGGGCAUAUAAAGAAACAGAUGAAGAGAUCUUAGCUAAAAAGGUGGGAACGAGAGGAGGUUCAACAGCAGUCACUGCUAUACUAAUCGAUGGGCAGACUCUAAUUGUCGCUCACGUAGGCGAUUCACGGGCGGUGAUAUGCAGGAAUGGUUCGGCAAAACCGAUUACGGUUGAUCACGAACCGGAGAAGGAGAAGGAGCUUGUUGAGAGCCGAGGUGGAUUUGUUGUACAAAUGCCAGGGAGUGUGCCAAGGGUGGAUGGUCAGCUAGCAAUGUCAAGGGCAUUUGGCGAUGCUAAGCUGAAAGAACACAUUACUUCAGAACCAGAUAUCAGGAUCGUCGCUAUUGAAAAUGAGACUGAGUUCGCCAUUUUAGCCAGUGAUGGCCUCUGGAAGGUAAUAUCAAACCAGGAAGCUUGUGAUUGUAUCAGAAAAAUGGCUAUGGAUCCUCAAAAGGCUUCAGAGAAGUUGAUCAAAGAGGCAUUGUCUAAGAUGAGCUACGACGACAUUUCCUGCAUUGUUGUUACCUUCCACUGAACAUCUCCAUUUCUCUUUAUAUUUUCAGAUGAGUUUUAUGCAAUGGGCCAUUGAUGCUCAGAACAAGUUUAGUUUUGUCUGUAUAAGAUCUGUGGUCACCACUUUCUUCUUAAAAUGUGUCUUUCAUGGGAGCAGAAAAAAAUUACUUCAAAUUCAAAUUCGCUUUUCAGAAUGAUACCAAUAUAAAUCGAAGUACUUCAA